AUGGGUGGCGGAGCGGGCAUCGGCGACGACAGCACCACCACCACCACCACCUCCGCCGUCACUCAGCUCAGCCACGCCGUGUGGCGGCGCUACCAGCAUCUGCUGGACAAAUCCACGCCGAUGGUGCUGCACCGUUGGAUCUCACUCGCCGCGGUCGCGUUCGUCUUCGCCCUCCGCAUCUACCUGGUCCAGGGCUUCUACAUCAUCACCUACGGGCUCGGAAUCUACAUCCUCCAGCUGCUAAUCGCCUUCCUGUCGCCGCAAGUGGACCCCGAGAUACAGGAGCUCACCGACGGCCCCGCCCUCCCCACGCGCGGCUCCGACGAGUUCCGCCCCUUUGUCCGCCGCCUCCCCGAAUUUAAGUUUUGGCAUUCUCUCAUGAAAGCCUUUUGCAUUGCUUUUGUGCUGACAUUUUUCAGCGCCUUUGACGUGCCUGUAUUCUGGCCAAUUCUGCUAUUCUACUGGUUGGUUCUGUUCGUAUCGACCAUGAAGAGACAAAUAAUGCACAUGGUUAAAUAUAAAUAUGUCCCAUUUACACUAGGGAAGCAGCGUUACGGAAAAAAGGCAGCCCCAGCCGAUGAGUCGAGCACUGCAAGGCCUUAA